CGCAACUUGUAAACAAACAUGGCGGCCUCCAUGAUUUCGCGUGCUGCGUUGCUGUCUCAAGUGUGGCGGUGACCGUGUGCCGGCUUUAUUCAUUUUAUUCUUAGCACAUAUAGCUUGUAUCUCUGCUUCAACAAAUAAUUCAACUGUUAAAUAUGUUUGUAAUAAGCGAAAUGUCCGACAACAUCCGCAUACCGCCAUGGUUGUUUCGGCUAAACCCCAACGACGCGAUAGUGGAACAGCUCAACCGUCGACUGGCCAACAAGGUUGUCAUCAACGUGGGGCUUUGCAUUGCCUUGUUCGACGUCACCAAAAUCGAAGAUUCCAAGAUUCUUCCGGGCGAUGGUUCCUUCCACACAACAGUCGAGUUCCGCUACGUCGUCUUUCGACCCUUCAUGGACGAAGUCUUGGUGGGAAAAAUUAGGAGCUGUAGCCAAGAAGGUGUUUACGUGUCCAUGGGAUUUUUUGACGACAUCCUGAUACCACCCGAUGCCCUGCAGCAUCCAUCUAGAUUUGACGAAGCGGAACAGCUCUGGGUGUGGGAGUACGAGAGCGACGACAAGAAGCACGACAUGUUCAUGGACCUCGGCGAGCAGAUACGUUUUCGCGUUGUGGCCGAGACCUUCGUCGACACCUCUCCAGUGGGUCCCGAGAUGGCCGAGAUGUCAGAGAACGAGAGCAAGGAGAAGCGGAUUCCCUACUCUCUCACGGGCUCUAUCAGCGAAUCAGGGCUGGGAUUACUAAAGUGGUGGACGUGAUUCUUCAGCGGCGGUGUGUCAGCGCCGGAUUGUAAAAAGGAAAUAAAUAAAAGUGCCAUGUCAUUGAGUAAUAGCCAUA